CGGUGUUGAUACUUUUGCCUUCAAGCCUGGAAAAUACUACGCAAAGAAGUUCUGUUCAGAACCCACUCCUUUCACAGUCAAGGCUGAGGGUUUUGAGGAGAAAGAUGGCAUUGGCUAUGCUGCUGUCACCGUUCAGCUGCCUGGUGGUGAGCGUGUCCCCUUCCUCUUUACCAUCAAGCAGUCGGUGGCAUCAGGCAGGCCAGAGAGUUUUGGAGGAGAGUUCUUGGUUCCAUCCUACCGUGGAUCGUCUUUCCUGGACCCAAAGGGAAGGGGUGGCUCAACCGGCUAUGACAAUGCUGUUGCAUUGCCUGCAGGAGGAAGAGGAGAUGAGGAGGAGUUAACCAAGGAGAACAUCAAGAAUGCUUCAUCAUCUUAUCAGAGAAGAUCAUCCUUAGUGUUACCAAGAGCAAACCUGAGACCGGAGAAGUCAUUGGAGUUUUUGAGAGUCUUCAGCCAUCAGACACUGACUUGGGGGGCUAAGACUCCAAAGGAUGUGAAGAUCUAGGGCAUCUGGUAUGCUCAGGCAGCUCAGCUUGACUCAUAGAACAGUUGUAUGAAUGUUUAUUCGUGGUACGGAUUUUGUAAGUUUGAAGUCUGAUGCUAAAACUUUUGUGGUGAUCCAAUGAGAAGCAGUGAUCUAAUCAUCUUCUUUAUAAAUUAUUGUGGCUUCU